AUGGUAACCGCUCUAUAUCCGGGUACGUUCGAUCCGGUCACGAUGGGACACCUGGACGUGGCAGAGAGGUCGGCGCGGCUUUUUGGAACCGUUAUCGUGGCGGUUUACGAUACGCCGUCCAAGAGCCUGCUAUUCACCACGGAAGAACGCGUCGCCCUGAUGCGUGGAGCCGUUGCCCACGUCGGUAACAUCGUGGUGCAGCCAUUCACUGGGCUGGUGGUGAAUUACGCCCGGGAUCAGGGUGCGGCGACCAUCAUCCGGGGACUGCGGAGCAGCCCGGAUUUUGAGUAUGAAUCGCAAAUGUUCUUCAUGAAUCGCCGGCUGGAACCGGAAGUGGACAUGGUGGCACUGAUGAGCGACCAGGCGCACACGUUUAUCAGUUCCAGCCUGUUGAAGGAAGUUGCCCGUUUGGGCGGGGAAAUUUCGGGCAUGGUGCCGCCCAACGUGGUCGGCGCUCUCCGUGAAAAAUUUGGAUCGCCGGUUAAAUAG